CGGGCCAAAGCACCCGGGACUCGAGCUCGGAGCUUCGAGACGCUGGCUGCAAGAGCGCAGUGGGAAUGGAUUCUGAGCUGAGCGGAUUGCCGCGGACUGAGGCAAUGGCUUGAACCCUCAUGGAGUCACCCAGGGACCUGGACAUUGAGGUCUGGCUGGCAGGAGUACAUCUGGAGCGCUACGCAGAUACCUUCCGGAGGCACGGUGUGUCCACAGCUGCUGCUGCCCAAAGCCUGAGCCAAGAGGACCUUCGUCGAAUGGGCAUUUGGGCCACGGGUCAUCGCAAACGGAUUCUUCGCCUGCUACAGGGGGCCUCUUUGGAGGUCCCUACAGACGUUCCACAGGACACUACCAUGGAUACCCCAACUCCAGAUCCUCAAGCACUCCCCACCAAACCAGUACCCAAACCAAGGACUGUAUUUACUUUUUUCAGCACCACUCAAGGUGAAUCGGCUCCACCUUCACUAUUGGACCCUCCUAUGGAAACCCUUCCAGUGAUUCAGGGAGAGGAUACCAGCUUAAUAGUCCAAGAUGAGGGAAGUAUGGUCCCCAAAGGGUCAGAGCAAUCAGUGAGCCAAGAGCCUUCUCUAAGUACUUUUCAAUCACCUGUUGUCCCCUCCCUUCCUUUGGAUCCACCUCCCAUCUUGGACAGGAUGACAAUGAUGCCCAAUGAUAUCUACUUUGGGCUGGACCUUGGAAGGGGAACUCAACCAGGAAUUCAGGAAACGACUACAGAUGGCUCCCUGCUAAACUCUCCUACUCCCAUCCCCACCUCCAGGCCUACAGCAGGUACAGUGCAUAUCAUGGACCCCAGCAGCCUGUACUAUGGUGUUCAACCUGUUUCAGUCCCUGGGAUUCCCAAAGGAAGGAAGAUAAGGGCUGUCAGUCAGGCAUCAGGUGAAUCCAGGCCAAGCAGCCAUGAACCAGAGGGGGGAGAGGACUGUGGCUAUGCCAGUCUGGAGCUGCCUGGAGAGUCCACCCACUUGGUGUCCAAUUUGGACCCUGAAGAGCCAGGAGACGAUCUCAUCUCCCCCUAUGCCAGCUUCACCUCACUAGCUGAUCCCCCUGCACCUGUGCUCAGUGGCUGGUUGGACAAGCUCUCACCGCAGGGGAAUUAUGUCUUUCAGAGGCGCUUUGUCAGGUUCAAUGGAAAGAAGCUGAUGUAUUAUGGAAGUGACAAGGACUCCUUCCCUAAGGGGGUUAUCCCACUGACUGUCAUUGAGAUGAUCCGAAGCUGCAAGGAUUGCAAGUUCCAAGUCAUCACUAGCCAAAGGGUGUUUGUGUUCCGAGCUGAGAGUGAAGUUCAGAGGGAUAACUGGUGCUCCACACUGCAGUCUCGACUGAAGGAGCAACGGCUUCUAGGCAACCCCAGGCCUCCUCAUCCACCACGGCCCCUCCGCACAGGGACCCUAGAGCUUCGGGGACACAAAGCCAAAGUGUUUGCAGCUCUAAGCCCUGGGGAACUAGGACUGUACAAGAGCGAGCAGUCCUUUUCUCUGGGCAUUGGAAUUUGUUUCAUUGAGCUUCGGGGCUGCAGUGUCCGGGAGACCAAGAAUCGAAGCUUUGACCUCCUUACACCCCAUCGAUCCUUCAGCUUCACAGCAGAGUCAGCCUGCACUCGCCAGGUCUGGGCAGCUGCACUUCAGGAGGCCAUCACUGAGACUCUUUCUGAUUAUGAGGUGGCUGAAAAAAUAUGGUCCAACAGAGCAAACCGACAAUGUGCAGACUGUGGAGCUUCUCGUCCUGACUGGGCCUCAAUCAACCUGGGAGUGGUCAUCUGCAAGCAUUGUGCAGGACAACAUCGGGCUCUAGGCUCUGGGGUGUCUAAAGUGCAGAGUCUGAAACUGGAUACAAGCAUCUGGAGUAAUGAGAUCGUACAGCUUUUCCUCAUCUUGGGAAAUGAUGGAGCCAACCGGUUCUGGAUAAAGGCACUGCCUCCAGGAGGAGGGCUGCAUCCAGAUACUCCUCCUGGCCCGCGUGGGGACUUCAUCUCCCGCAAAUAUCGGCUUGGCCUCUUUCGGGGGCCCCAUCCUCAGUACCCUGACCAUAGUCAGCUGCUGCAGGCACUGUGUACAGCUGUGAUGGGACCCAACUUGUUGAAAACCAUGAUUCAGCUCUUCUCAUAUGAGGAACCAUGCUCUGAAGGCAGUUUCUCUAAUCUGCUUCCCUUAGACCCAUCUCCUGGUGUAUACAAUGAAGUCCUGGUGCCUGCCACACUAAGUGGCUUUUUGCACUGCAGUCCCAUCAGCAGCAAAUCUGGACCACCACCCCACCGCCGGGGUCGGGAUGCACCCCCCAGGCUAUGGUGUGUGUUGGGUGCAGCACUGGAGAUGUUUUCAUCAGAGACCAACUCAGAGCCAAUAAGUCUGAUCCAACCUCAGGAUGUAGUGUGUCUGGGGGUAAGCCCCCCACCAGUUGACCCAGGGGACCUUGACAGGUUCCCAUUCUCUUUUGAACUCAUUCUGACUGGAGAAAGGGUCCAAUACUUUGGGACUGAUGGAGCUGAUAGUCUGGAGGCCUGGACCAGAGCAGUGGGCAAGUGGUUCUCCCCGUUAAGCUGUCAUCAGCUCCUGGGUCCUGGCCUGCUGAGGCUAGGCCGUUUAAGGCUGCGGUCCCCCUCUCAGACUGCAAUGACCCCAGGCCUCUGGCUGUCUGCCUUUGGCCUCCUCCGAGGUGACCAUCUAUUCCUGUGCCCAGCACCAGGCCCUGGCUCCCCCGCCCCUGAGGACACUGUGCACCUACGAAGACUACAGGAGAUCAGUGUUGUGUCUGCAAACGAUAGCUCUGAUAAGAAGGACCAUUUAGUCCUGGUGGAAACAGGAAGGACCCUGUAUCUACAGGGAGAGGGGCGGAUUGACUUUGCUGGCUGGAGCACUGCCAUUGGAGGAGCAGCUGGUGGGGGGGGCACUUCAUUGCAAGGGCAACAGAUGAGUCGAGGAGACAUUCCUAUCAUCGUGGAUGCCUGCAUCAGCUUUGUCACUCAACAUGGCUUACGUUUGGAGGGUGUAUACCGGAAGGGGGGUGCUCGAGCACGAAGCCUUCGGCUCCUGGCUGAGUUCCGGCAGGAUGCACGGUCAGUGAAGCUCCGGCCAGGAGAGCACUUUGUGGAAGAUGUAACGGACACACUCAAAAGGUUCUUCCGGGAGCUGGAUGACCCUGUGACCUCUGCACGAUUGUUACCCCGAUGGAGGGAGGCUGCAGAGUUACCCCAGAAAUCUCAGCGGCUAGAGCGGUACAAGGAAGUGAUUGGAUGUCUGCCCAGAGUUAACCACAGGACAUUAUCCACCCUUAUUGGUCAUCUCUACCGGGUACAGAAAUGUGCUGCUCUGAAUCAGAUGUGUACUCGGAAUCUAGCACUGUUGUUUGCACCAAGUGUGUUCCAGACAGAUGGGCGAGGGGAGCAUGAGGUUCGGGUGCUGCAGGAACUCAUUGAUAACUACGUUUCUGUCUUUGAUAUUGACUCAGACCAAGUGGCUCAGAUUGACCUGGAAGUCAGUCUUAUAACUACCUGGAAAGAUGUGCAACUAUCUCAAGCUGGAGAUAUCAUCAUGGAAGUUUACUUGGAACAGCAGCUACCAGACAACUGUGUCACCCUGAAGGUUUCCCCAACUCUAACUGCUGAGGAGCUGACAAAUCAAGUACUUGAGAUGAGGGGAGCAACAGCUGGCACAGACCUGUGGCUGACAUUUGAGAUCCGAGAGCAUGGCGAGCUUGAACGGCCUUUGCACCCAAAGGAACGGGUCCUAGAACAGGCCCUGCAAUGGUGCCAACUCCCAGAACCAGGCUCUGCUUCCCUAUUGCUGCGCAGGGUCUCCCUAGCCCAGGCCAGCUGCCUCUUCACAGGUGUACGACGGGAGAGUCCCCGGGUGGGCCUGCUUCGGUGCCGAGAAGAGCAUCCCAAGUUGCUAGGAAGUCGUUUUCAGGAAAGGUUCUUUCUACUUCGGGGACGUUGCCUGUUGCUGCUUAAGGAGAAAAGGAGUUCUAAGCCAGAGCGAGAGUGGCCUUUGGAGGGUGCAAAAGUUUACCUAGGAAUACGUCGAAAGCUAAAGCCUCCAACACCGUGGGGCUUUACAUUGAUCCUGGAGAAGUUGCAGCUCUACCUGUCCUGCACAGAUGAGGCAGAGAUGUGGGACUGGACAACCAGCAUCCUUAAAGCCCAGCAUGACGACUUGCAGCCUGUGGUCCUUCGUCGACAUUCUUCUUCUGAUCUAGCUCGACAGAAAUUUGGAACAAUGCCUCUGUUGCCUAUUCGAGGUGAUGACAGUGGUGCUACCUUACUCUCUGCCAACCAGACACUGCGACGACUGCACAACCGGAGGACACUGUCCAUGUUUUUUCCCCUGAAACUGUCUCAGGAUUCUGUGGAAGAACAAGAGGAAGAGGCUGAGGAGCCAGUGUAUGAGGAGGUAGGGGCCUUCCCUGAACUGACCAAGGACUCUCCACUCCCACUGGAAUGGACAUCUGAACCAGAGGUCCCUAGGGAUUCACCCUCUAGCCAAACUGUAUUUCCAGAGCAAAGUCAGAGCCUACAGAGUGACGGCCCCCUCCUUUCAAAGUCAAGCUCUCUGGGACAAGAGAAGGGACCUCCAGAGCUGCCUUCUGGUCCCUCCCAGAAAACCAGCUUCCAGCAUCAUUUGUCCCUGGAAGACAAACUGUUACAGGAGCUCAACUCACUGAUACUUCGAAAGGGCGAGGCCACUGCUUUCAGUCUGCCAGCUUCUCAGCCUCCUAGCCCCCCAACAUGGACCCCUAACCCCAUUAAUCCCACUACGCAAACUCCUGGACAUUCUCCUAAAUCUCCAUGUAAUUCCCAUUCUCCAUCUGGCCAGCCACUUACAUGAUCCUGAAGCCGCCAACCUGCUCUAGGAUGGGAAUGUAGAAGGGCCUAUUGCUCAAGAUAUAAAAGACAAUAUUUAUCCUAAGUGUUUACUCUCUAAGGGAUGAAGCUAGAGGCUGGAAAUACAAAGACAAAAAAAAAGAAUAAAAAGCCCUCCCUUCAGGGAGUUUAUAUUCUACAGACUCCAAACCCCUCCCUCCCUCCCAGAAUAUUUAAAGCACCUCCCUCAGCUACAGGCCAGGGAGAACUCCUCCCUGUUCCUGAAAAUCCAGUGUGGUGUGCUAUAGUAGAAAGAAUGAGUCAGGAGACCUGGGCUGCAGACAGGAUUCUGUCACUAACUACUUCUAUAAUCUCUAGACCUCAGUUUCUCCAUGUGUAAAAUAAGAGGGUUAAAUAGAUAGCUGAACUCCCUUCCAGGACUGACACUCUAUGUACUAAGUCCCCUAAGAGCCCUAUUGCUCAGUAGGCCUGUUGGAUUGGGGAGGUAUGGAUAUAGACAGCCAGGCAGGAUGGGAAUCCAUUUAAUAAACUUUGAAAACAAAUGGCUACAUGUCUGCCUUUGCUACCCCUAUGAAGCUGGGGUUGGGGGAGUGGGGAAAACCUGAUGGAAGACCUUAAGGGUAAGUUAUAUACAAUUGGGGAGGGGAUCAGCCUGAAGAGAGAAUUGGCCCAGAUGCCUUUAAAGAAGAGAGAAUUGAGGGAGUUUGGGACAGUCCUUAGAAAGGAGAAAGCAAUUGUGGGGUAACAAGUGAGCCCACUCUUCCACCUCCACUUCCACGGCACUCCUUAUUCCCCAGUAUUGCUAAGUAUUGGGGAGCUCCCACAAUGUACCUUUGUCGCUCUCAUCUCCCACUCCCGGGGCCUCAGGCAGCUUUCUCACCGGGACUGCUCUGGCUUUUCCGGUUCGGUGAGCAAUUGGGGAAGGCAAAUCCCGGUGCCCCCGAACCGGGGCCAAACCCAGCCCUGGGCUGCCCCUAUUUCCACUCUAGCUCCCCCAAAUCAGUUUGUCCCUUCUCUAAGGACAUCGACGUCAUCACAACCACUUCCUCUACCUUUCCCCGUUUCCCCUGUCCGGUGAUGGUCUUGGUGGUGAUGGGACCCCAGCAGCAGAUCUGCAUAUGUAAAUAAACAUAUUUGCAUAAAAGAA